AACUUCCUCUUUCCUCGUGAGUCAGUCCAGAGUCUCGGCGUGAAGACGCUCGUCUCGAUGAGAUCCAGAACACAGACGAUCUGAAGCAGCAUCACUCUCUUCUGCUGCGAUCGAGUUCUUCUGAUGGACUUCAGAGAAACGAUGCUGAUCUUUGGACUGAUGCUGCUGAAAACCGCUGCAUGUCUGGAUCGGUUCUGCAGUUUUGAUCAGUCUGAUCCCUGUUACACAGCUCUGGGACACAAACUCAAUCUGUUGAUGCUGGACUCUAGUGAAUAUGAUCUGAAGAUACAAAAGAGAACAAACAACUCACAAGAUGAUCCAGUUUGUAGAGUAAAGAAUGAUGAAAUGAGGAGGAGUCAAUGUGAUCUUUAUAAUAACAGAUCUGAAGUAACAGUCAUUAAAGGGACUCUGAUAAUAAACCCUGUGAACAGAACAGAUUCAGGGAAUUAUAGAUUAACUCUCCAGAACUCAGACGGCUCAGAAACAUCUAGAGAUCUUCAGGUGAUUGUUGAAGCUCCUAUUGGCUCAGUGGAAGUGUCAAUCACCUGCUCCUCCAGUGGGGUGAUGAGGGUGUCCUGCUCCUCUGAGGGGGAUCAGCUCCUCUACAGCUGGACUCUGAAUGGAGAUCCACAGAAGGAUGGAAACAGCAGCAUAGAUCUGGAUGAGAAAAGUGAUGGAGACAUCAGCUGCAGCGUGAAGAACCACGUCAGUCACGCACAGAACACCACGAGACUCAAACCCUGUCCUGAAUCAACUACUGCAGCUGCGACCUCUACUUUGACCUCUGGUUUGACCUCUGCAGUCACCAGCAGCACACAGACAUCAGAAAAUGGUUCGAGUUUCUCAUCAGCCGGUAUGAAUCCAACCUCCACUCAGGGCCCUGGAGAGUUUCCAUGGAAGUUUUAUCUGAUUCCUUUGUGCUGCUCUGCUCUGGUCAUGGCUCUGUUGUUGAUCACCAUGUGCUACGUUUAUAAGAAAAAACAGCUCAAGUCGACACCAGAUACAGAGCUCAUAUACACUGAUAUCCAUCACGAGAGAAAGAGUGAAAAGAAAACAGAAUCUCUCCCGGCUGCUGCUGAGGAAUACGCCACGGUCCAAGUGCAGACAAAGAGGAGGAAGAAGAACACAGAGGAGGACGAGGUUCAAUACGGCGAGGUGACGUUUAGACCAAACGACUCGAUGUCUCCGCAGGUGAAGCCGACCUGGGAGGAGUGCGUUUACGCGCAAGUACAAAGACGCUAGUUUCACAACAGCUCUUGGAAGACCACACUUUAGCUGGGAAACCAAGUGUCGUUUCACUUCUGUUUUUGAGAGCUUUACAGUUAUACGAAGCACAUGUCUGUUCGCAGUUGUAAAUGAUUUUGUGUGACAUGCACUCUCUGGACUGGAGCAUGAGAACUUUAAUGCACACCUCAGGGGCUGAACCCAAAAAUAUUGAGUAAGCAAGACAAUUGAAAAAAGAGGAACUGAGCUGCAUGGUAUUUUCCUCAAUCCAAUGAGCACUUCUGUUUUCAGCACUUCUCCAAUUGCAGCAGAGACUGGAGGACCGCAAGAACAAGCUUAAAAUUCCCAAGUUGCAGUUUGAAACUCACAGAAAAUCCAAAAAUCUUAACAAUGAUAUGAGAGAGUCGAGGAAAUGGUGGGUUAAAACAGUUAAAAUAUCUGCGUUUGUCAGGCAGGGUCACUAAUGAGUGGGUGCUUAUUGCAAAAACUCCACGAAAAUUAACAACAACUUCUCAUGAAUUUCAAGGCAAAGGAACUUUUCCCUUACUUAA